UUCCUCUAGCUUAGCGCCAUUUUCGGCGUCAUCACGGGACAACAGCAUGCCGCUGUCAAACAGAUAAUAAAAACCAGUGUUCAGCGUCGUGAGAAGCCUUUCACAGUAUUCCUCAGACAUGGGACGGAAGAAGAAGAAGCAGAUGAAGCCAUGGUGCUGGUACUGCAAUCGAGACUUCGAUGAUGAAAAGAUCCUCAUUCAGCACCAGAAGGCGAAGCAUUUUAAAUGCCACAUCUGUCACAAGAAGCUGUACACAGGCCCCGGUUUGGCCAUUCACUGCAUGCAGGUACACAAAGAGACCAUUGACAGUGUUCCAAAUGCAAUUCCUGGAAGAACGGACAUCGAGCUGGAAAUCUAUGGCAUGGAGGGGAUACCGGACAAAGACAUGCAGGAGAGAAGACGGACAUUAGAACAGAAAUCACAAGAGAGUCAAAAGAAGAAAAACAAUCAGGAUGACUCUGAUGACGAUGAUGAUGACGAUGAAGCAGGACCAUCAGCACCGCAGGUUGCAGCAGUUCAACCCCAGGCAAGCUACGCUGCCCCCAUGGCCCAGCCUGGGAUCCCCCCCGUCACUGGCUCUCCUGGGAUGCCACCUGGAGGAUAUCAAGGAAUGCCUCCUAUGAUGCAAGGUGUUCCACCCAUGAUGCACGGCAUGCCUCCUAUGCAUGGAAUGCCACCAGGGAUGAUGCAAAUGGGAGGGAUGAUGCCUCCCAUGAUGCAGGGGAUGCCAGGAAUUCCUCCAGGAAUGCCCCCCCACAUGGCCCCUAGGCCAGGGAUGCCCCACAUGGCCCCAGCCCCUGCAGCUGGGCUCCUAGCCAGUCGACUAGCAGCACCAGCUGCCCAGCCUUCCAUCACCAAACCUCUGUUCCCCAGUGCAGCACAGGCCCAGCAGAGCGCUUCAGGAGCCGUAGUUUCAAACGCCCUCAGUUCAGCCGCCUCCUCCGACCCUCCCAAAGCAACAUUCCCUGCCUACACCCAGCCCUCUGUCUCCUCUUCUUCUUCCUCUAACCCCUCUAGCAGCACUGUGGCCAAACCCCCCGCCACAGUGGCCAGUAAGCCUGCCACCCUCACCACCACGAGUGCAACUAGUAAGUUGAUCCACCCUGAUGAGGAUAUCUCACUGGAGGAGAUGAAGUCCACGUUGCCCCGUUACCAGCGUCUCUUACCCAGGCAGGGUCAGGCCCAUGCGGCUGCUCCCUCAGUGGCAGCUGUGGGCAGCAUAAUGCCCCAACAGCAAGGGAUGCCACCACAGCAGCCAGGCAUGAGGCAUCCCAUGCAUGGUCAGUAUGGUGCUCCUCCUCAGGGCAUGCCAAGCUACAUGCCAGGAGGGAUGCCUCCUUAUGGGCAGGGUCCUCCUAUGGUGCCCCCUUACCAGGGAGGCCCUCCCAUGGGCAUGAGGCCGCCCGUCAUGUCUCCUGCUGGACGCUACUGAAGCAGCAACGCAGCCACCACAUUAGGUUUGAGGUUAACACCUUUCUCUCAUCCUUUUUCAAACCUAGCUGCGGGCAAAGAACAGUAAGACCAGUGGUGGUGAAGACAAACCUUAUUUGUUAGAACACAUGGACAUUUAAUGUAACAUCUAUAUUGGAAAACAGAAAGACACCACACAGGUUCCUGACAGUUAUUUUGUGCUCAUUUGAUUACAUGUGUGGAUUAUCCAUAUUUUCCCCCAUAGGUUUCACUCAGGUUUAUAGAAGUGAAGUGUGGUAAAAUUACUCAUAUUUCUUUUGAAGCUGCUGGAGUUACAUGAACGUACCAACCCCUUACGAAGGCAAGUUUCUCUUGUAAACCGUUGAUUCAUUUUGUUGUUUAUUUCUUUGGUAGAGUGAUUGUGACCCUCACAGCACGUGUAGGUGCUGUUGGACUUGCGUCCCCAACCUUGGUUGGUGAGGGUCUCAAUAAUCGUGAUAUUCCAACUGAGUUAGGGUUACAAAUCCAUGACUCGUCAGUCUCUAGCUUUAUUCUUAUUUCAGAUUUGUUUUUAAUAUUUCCUGGUUGAAAGGGUACCUGUAUGCAUUCUUUGUAAUGUUUUAUGAAUCUGUUGUAAUAAAAUCCAUCUUGAAAUCCAA